AUGUCACUGUUCGCCGAUGGUUCUGGAGCGUUCGUUGUGGCGCCUGAAGGACAGUGGAGAAUACGUCAGGCGGGGUGCAACCUUGUUCCCGAUACCAAGCAUCUGCUGGGUAUGCGUCCUCAGGUGUACGGGCAGCCGUAUCGCAGCUGCUACACCAUGACUCUCCACUGGGAUGUGCCAAGCGCUCUGGGCGAGUACAUGGACUCUGGAAACGGCGCAGAGCUUCUAGAGAAGGUUCUGGGUGACCAUGCCAUCCAGGAGCAACUGCCCGCAUUGGCGGUGCACCCAGGGGGUCCCGCUAUCCUAACAAGGUGCUCAUUGCGAACCACAAGUUCCCCAUGA